AUGAAGGCAAACUGGACAACAGUUUCACAUUUUACUAUUUUGGGAUUUUAUGAGCUUGUUAACUUCAAAGGUAUUUUGCUCCCUGGCCUCCUCCUUAUUUACCUGUGGACAGUGGCGGGAAAUCUCACGAUUAUUAUGUUGGUGACCUUCUGUCAAAGUCUUUAUUCUCCCAUGUACUUCUUCUUGGGCCAUUUAUCUUGUUGUGAUCUGCUCCUGACUACAGUAAUUGUGCCACUAAUGUUGGACAGUAUAGUGAGAGAAGUCACCAUCACCUUUGUGGGAUGUUUAACUCAGUUUUAUCUGUUUGGUUCCUUGGCAGCUACAGAGUGUUUUAUUCUAUCCGUCAUGUCGUAUGAUAGAUAUUUAGCCAUAUGUCAACCAUUGCAUUAUUCAUCUGCCAUGAACCUCAAGAGAUGCUUCCACCUUGCUUUCUGGUGUUGGGUUCUAGCGUUCAUGCUAAUGCUGCUCACAGCUGUUCAAGUAGGAAGAUUGAAGUUUUGUGGUCCAAAUGUCAUCGACCAUUUCUUUUGUGACCUGGCGCCUCUUCUUCAACUUUCUUGUUCAGACACAGCUUUUGUUGAAGCUGAGAACCUCAUUGGAGGUUUACCAGCAAGUAUCUUGCCCUUAGCCUUCAUCACAGCUACUUAUAUCAUCAUCUUGCGUGCCAUCCUUAGGAUACCCUCUUCCACUGGAAAGCAGAAAGCCUUUUACACCUGCAGCUCCCACCUGACAGUUGUGUGCGUAUAUUAUGGGUCAUUGAUUGUUGCUUAUUUAUUUUUGUCUAAAGGCCACUCAUUGUCCCUCAAUAAGGUUUUGUCUCUGCUCUAUACAGUUUUGACUCCACUGCUAAAUCCGGUUAUUUACAGCUUGAGGAGCAAAGAAAUUAAAAGAGCCCUUUGUAAAUUAUGUAAACAUUAA